UAGGGUGUGAGCUCUUCAAAAUCUUGAAGCUCGCUGAUGUCAAUGCACUAGAUCAGAAUAUGCCGCCCAAGGUACCUGCACAUCAUGCCACUUGCUUUUGAAGGUGAUUGUGAGGAAUCCAAUAGACUAUUGCAGUACUGUAUAAUAAUGGCACACGCUGAUUAGACAAACUCUUGGCCAGAGUCAACUUUCUGUAGCUGUGGAAAAUGGACAAGAUUUCGCCGUGAAACUGUUGACCGCAAGGGAUGUGUACCUCUAUUACGGUGAUGCAUACGUUGCCAUGAAUGGCCAUGCCAUGACUGCUUUAUCCCAUCUUUUCACGAUAGUGGUCACUCUGUCUCACGUCAGGGCCGCCACAAUCGCUCUUAUUACAUCAGAUGCUGGAGUGUCAAGCACUGGACAAACCGCGAAUUUUAUGCUGGAGAGCCCUAUUAACCCGUAUACAGCAGUACAUCGAUGUAUAGAAACGAAUGCCGAUAACGGUAACAUGGGUAGUCGAUAG